AUGGUAAAGGUUAUAUAUGGGCAUUCUGCAGAUCACUUCAAAGAAUUGAAAGUCGCUGGCGACUUUAGUCAAUGGGAAAUUAAGCCAAUGCUUAAGAAUUCUGAGUUUUGGGAGUACAAUUUCUACAAGGGCUCACUACCUCCAGAGGCUAAGGCUUUACACUUCAAAUUCAUAGAUGACAAUGGUAUUUGGUUCACUGACAAUGAUUAUGCAAAGGAGACAGACGCUAAUAAUAAUGAAAAUAACGUCAGAAUUUUAACAGCUGAGGAGAUAGGAGAAUUAGGUGGUGAUGAUGAUGAGAUGGAAGAAGCAGGAGAAUCGUCAUAUGAUAUUAACGAUGAAGGUCCUGUUAGACCAGCGCCAACGCCAACUGCACGCGAAUUGAAGGAACCUAACGAAAGUGGUGAAUUAGAUGAAUCUACUGUAAUUGUUAAUCAUGCAGAUGUUCAAGAGGUCAAUAGAGAUGGUGAAAGGCCUGAAACUUCUGGCACCGUUUACAGCCAAGGCCGUGAGGUUACAGAUCAGUACAAAACAAUUUUAGCAAGAAUCAUAGCCUUCUUUACAAAUCUGUUUCGUUCCUGGUUCAGCCAUUGA